GUGGUGCACGUAAUUUUAAUACACAUACAAGUUACUCUGACUUUCGUUGACCACUUUCCACCUUUAAUUAAAAACAAUCAGUGCGUGCAUUAAUAUUCAAAAAUUACAUAAGACUUUAUGUAAUAAAAAUUCAAUAAUAUGUUCGGCAAGCGAAACAAAUGAAUUGUUACAAAUAUAGUCAUUGAUUGAUUCCAAGCAAGCAUGACUCGUAAAGCUUCGUUUGUAUUUAUUACCAAUUUUAUGAUUCAACUGUGUGUGUUAUCUGAGUUAAUACCAAAUUAUCAGGUGCAAAUCCCAGGAUAUACAUUUCCAGGUUUAGUAACGCCUUUGAGUGCACACGGUCAAAAUGGACCUAAACUUUGCUUAUUAAAUAAUUUGUGGAAUGGUUGUGAAAAUAACUAUCACACUUUACCUGUAGCUAAACACAAACUUAACGUGGGGUUCCAAAAUUCCCGUCGCAGUUUUGAAUCGCCUAUAGAGAACCGAAUAAAAUCAACACAAGAUAAAAUGCAUCAAAGAGUAGCGAAUGAUGAUAAUGGACUUCUGGGUCACCCUUUAAACACAGGAAAUGAAAAUAUUAAUCGACUUUCACAAGAGAAACAUAUAACUAAAGGGUUAUAUAGUGAACUCCGUUCAAAAAAUGUUACACCAACUUUGAGACCUUAUGAUAUGUUUAAUAAUAAUAAUAUGAACACUGGGAAUGCGUCAUCCUUGGCGUACCGGACUAGGAGUGGGCAUCCCUCAAGAAAAGUUUACGUUAUAACAAAGUUUAUUCAUGCUUUGGAUCAUCUUCAACGAACGUUUUAUGCCACAACAUAUGCAACACUUUCGUCAAUAAGCCCGCCAGAGCGCAAAGUAAACGGGAUCAGUUUCAUGGUAUCCAGUUUAUUUCUCCAGAUAGCAUUGAUAGCGCUGUCCACAGAAGUUGACCCUGCUACAAGAGCAGAAAUUGAUAAAUGUACUGGAUUUAUUGCCACCGAACAGGAAAAGGUAGAGAUGCUAAAAGAUGUAUUAUCCUGGCUUCCUGUAUCAGACGGUGAUCUAAAGUUCCGCUACGCUACGAGAUUAGUUCUGAAAAGUGAUCUUAAAGUAAGCAGAAGAUUCCUCGAAGGAGCUGCGUCUGCGCUGAGAAUGAAUAUAAGUUAUUUGAAUAAUAAUGACACAGCUGAGCUUCUUACCCAGAAACUUAAUCAUAUGGUAGAAUGGGAUUCCGGUGGUUCCAUGCGCGAUACAUUCGACGAAGACGAGUUAUCAGAAGGCAUGUGCGGGGUGCUGCUAUCCACGCUGUACGUGCGCGCGCGCUGGCGGGCUCCGCCCACUCUGCUCAACGGCACCGUGCGCUUUCGAGACACGGACAACGCGCCGUAUCGGACCACGCACAUGAUACGGAUCAAUGACGUCAUGCGAUAUGUUGACCUGCGCGAGUGGGAUGCGGAGGCAUUAGAAAUAAAUUAUGCGACGCCCGGGCUCACAUUUUUCUUGGUGGUCCCUCGAGACCGUUCGCUACGCAACGUGGCAGCUCACAUGUCGGUCACCAGCGUUAAAAAUAUUUCAGAUCGGAUGAAGACGGUGCGGGUAGCAGCUACGUUGCCACUUUACACGCUCCGUAUGACAUUGCUUCUACCCUCCAAACUCCAAGCAAUGGGUAUAAAUCGCCUCAUAGAUGCUAACAAUACCUGUGAUAGUUUGAAGCUUUCUCAUGCAGUUCAACGCAUCAUGUUCUGGGCUGAAGCGGGUCGAUACGCAUUUAAGGAUGACGGGAUUGAAUGGGACGAAACACCGGAGCUUCGGAUAAUAGUCGACCGACCGUAUUUGUUCUACGUCCGAUGGCAUAACAUAACAAUAUUAAAUGGAAACUUUGUUCUAUGACUUAGUUAGGCACCUAUUAUUAUAAAGUUAUCAGAACUA